CAUACAGCCUCUUCUGGAGGACAGUGGAGGUCUCCCUGGGCCUCUACGUUCAAACCCACCGAUGGAUCCAGUCCUCAGGAGAACACGUCUCAGGAUCACAGCACAAGCAAUGCAGAGGAGGUGGACCUCUACGACCCUUACGACCCGCUCUCGUCAGAGUCCGAGUCUGAGUUGGCGCAGAGGAAGCGGUGCGACCGCAACAGUCCCAAGAGAGACGUCGACCAUCGGAGUCACUGGGAGAUGGCCCAACCAAAGGAGACGGGCGCCCAGAGGUGGGACCGAGGUGCAGAGAGGCAGGAGUGCGGUGCAGAAAGGCGGGACCGAAGCGCAGAGAGGCGGGACCGAAGCGCAGAGAGGCGGGACAGAGACCCAGAUGCCAGACUGCCAAAUCAUGGCAGUCUCAGUCCAAGUGGUAGCCAACAUCGCCGGGCUUCUAGCACUGGUGUUCCCAGGACCUAUGACCAGAUCUGUUACGACCCUGUUAGGCCCUGUGAGAGAUCCAGUCCUGAGGAACACAGUCUCAGGGAAGAGCGAGUCCCAGAAUUUGCCACAAAUGUUGGGUUAUCCACGCCAAACUUCCCCGCAGACGAUCAGCUUCAGAAAGGAUACUGUGAAACCGGAGGGUCAUCGGUGAACAUGGCAUCUCCCCGAGAGAUUGCCAUGAGCAGCAGAGCAAUCACAGUGAAGGACGUGGAACAACAAAGCGCCUUCACCUGUGAGCUGUGUGAAGAGGAAUGUGCCGGACUGGAGGGGCUGCAAGAGCACCUGGAGAGCAGGGGCCACUGGAACACCAUGGAGCACAUUCAGCAGCUGAACCACUACGACGACCUGACCAUGGCCUUCCUACAGGAGGUCAUGAUGUUCAAAGUGAGACGGUGUUGCAGUGCUAUGGUGGAUCAGGACAUCGAAGCGUUGAAGGAGACUGAUCACAUGAGCAGGGUGGAUGUGCUCCACUGUGCUGUGUGUAGUGUCUACAUCUCCACCUUGGCGACCUCCGUGAAGAACCAUGUCGCCUCUAUGGAACACCUCCAUAACAAAAAGUCAUUUUCCUACCGGCAGAAACAGGAAUGUCUUGACAAGGCUGCAGUUAUGAUCACCCUAUUAAAACCCCAGUUUGAACAGUACCGUCAGGGUGGCAAUCCGUUUGAAUGACUGGAUCAUCCUAUGGCCUGGAGGAAGCUCAAGCCUUAAUGCUGUUUGCUACAUACAGCUAAGGACAAUACAUAUGUAGCGCUUUUCUUUUAAACUCAGAAUACAAUCUAUGGCAUUGAUACCAGAUAUGUCCACUGCCAAAAAGGACGCUUUGAGACAAGGUGAUACUCAUGACUUGGGUUUGACGGAUUCCGUCUUUUCAAACUUGCCUGGAGUGUCAAAUUCAACUGUGAAUUUGGAAACAGUUGAAUGCGUCAGAGGCUGUUCCACGUCAAUACCUUACUUUCCUGUAUGUGUUUAUAUUAUUUUCCCAAUCCGUAUCCUAGGUGUUUUGCAAAAAUAAAUCUUCUUUUAAAUAAAUUACAUGAACCUAAUUGCUCAACUUUUUAUUUAUAACAUCACAAAAAGUUGAAAGCAUUGUAUCUGUGAUAUAUAUAGUACAUUUAAAAUUAAAUUAUUUAAAAACAGCAUUUAUUUUCCAACAGUUGUCUAAAACAUUAAAUAUAGGUUGACAGACAGUUACGAAGGGCAGCAAAUAUCUGCUCUCUGGUUGUCUGUUCAUAUCUUCAUAAUUUUUUUUGUUUUAGAAAUCAAUGCAGUGAUUGUAAUACUAUAAACCCUAUUCUAUAACAGGAGUUGCCAUACACCCUUGCUGCUUUUCCAAACAUUUCCUCACAUUUUAGUUUUGAAAACAGUGAUAUUUUUUAAAUGUGCAAUUGCUUUUAAGUAUUUCAAUCAAUAACUGCCCGUUAGCACUGGCUGAAUGUUUGGAAAUAUGACACAAUACAAAAGAGACUGUCCGUUACAUGGACCUGUGUAUAUUUAAAUGUGAAUAAUGAUAAAGGUGUUCCCAAACUGGACAUAAGUGAUGUUUAAAUCAUUAGAAAUCUUUGAGGUAAAAGUUGUCUUCAUUAGAAAUGGGUUCCACACUACAUUACUGCAUAAAAACUUUUUUUUUGGAAUUGUGUUCCAAUUUUCUGUUAGGUCUAUUAUUGGAAAUAAUUUCUAAAAUGAAAGUCCAUGAUAAUAUAUUCAACGUGUAAAAUCUGUUAAAGGGGACCUAUUAUGCUUUUUUGACUUUUAUGACCUAUAAACGUUGUUAUAAUGAUUGAUAGUCAUGUUUAACCAUACACAAAAAACGAUGUAGAUUUUCGGGAAACUCUUCCUCUCAUCUGGGUGCUUUCAGCAUUCUCUGUCAACGCUCGGUUUCGUCCUUCUCCGCCCCCUCAGAUUUGACCAGGCAUAUGGGGGCGCGGCAGGAGUGCCUCUACGUAGAUGAUUUCCCGGAAAUGUGAACAAGUGAAUCGCAAACGUUGUCCCGAGUGUUUAGCGCUCUGCACAGCCACCCCAGACUGUCAGCAGGGAAUACGUCGAAAUGCAUGUACGUCAUUAUUUGACAAUUUAUUAUGGUUAAACGUGACUAUCAAUCAUUAUAACAACGUUUAUAGGUCAUAAAAGUCAAAAAAGCAUAAUAGGUCCCCUUUAAGCAAUGUUGUACAUUUUGGCCAUACAGAUGACUUGAUGAAAGUAAAAGUGAAAGAACAUCCAUGUACAAAACACAUACUCUAUGGACUUCCCAUGAAGUACUCCUCACGGGCUUCACGAAGCAGCAUGAUGGGGGCCUGUGGAGGGGCCGUCCUGGUCCGGCCUGGGGCUGGAGGGGUCCCGGGGCUGCAUGGACACCUCCACCAUGCCCAGUCCGGUGUUGGGAACACCAGUGUUCAUAAUGUGUCUCUGUAAGUGUUUGAUCCAGUCCUCCUGCACCGACAAGGGACCCUGGAAGACGAGGUCACAAAACCUGCAACGACAACCGCAAAGGAUCCUCCAUUUCAGCAUUACUUUGUUCAUUACACCAUUAAAAAGGAAUCGUAUGGGUUUUUUGUGGUACUUAAUCACAGGAAAUGAUACAGCGUUGCAUUUAAUUUUAUACUUUUAUGAUGGAGAGAUAUGAGUGAAGGUAUGGGAGUGAGAGGGGAGGACAUGCAGCACAGGACCAUGGGUAUCAAACCCAGGCCACUGCGAUCAGGACUGAGCCUUAAUGGUACGCGCUCUACCCGGUGAGCAACCUGCAUUUUCCUUUUAGUGUAUCUUUUUACAGGAAGGUGGUAUACUUAAGGGUGCAGUAUGUAGGAUUUAGUGGCAUCUAGCAGUGAGGUUGCAGAUGACAACCAACUGAAUACCUUUUCCCUUUCCUACCAGUAUGUGAACCUACGGUAGCCUACACGGUAGAGCCCGACCGAUUUAUCGGCAGGCUGAUACUAGGCAUUUUCCAAACCAUCGGUAUCGGCAUUUAUAAUGGCCAAUUAAUUAAUAUUUAAAAAUAUAUUUUUUUUUGUUUUUGUUCAAAGGACUGGGUUUCAUAUCUUAAGU